AUGCCGCCCAUGGACGCCAAGGCGCCGUCGCAGAAGCCGGCGGAGCCCAUCCUGUUCUCGUUCGCAGAUGCCGACGAGCUGUCGCGCAACCUGGCCGAAUUUGUGAUCAAGGCGCAGAACGACGCCAUCGCACGUCGCAACAAGUUCACGCUCGCCACGUCCGGCGGCUCGCUGCCCAAGAUGCUGGCCAAGUACCUGGUGAACCGCGACGACAAUGCGUUGCGGUGGGACAAGUGGCAGAUCUUCUUCUGCGACGAACGUCUGGUCCCGCUCGAUCACGAGGAUUCCAACUACCACCUCUGCCACCAGGAGUUCUUCUCCAAGGUGCCCGAGCUCAAGCGCGACCAGAUCCACACCAUCGACGAGAGCCUGCUCGACGAUCCAGAAGAGCUGUCGGACGCAUACGAGAAGCAGCUCGUCGCCGCAUUUGCUGGAAAGGAGGCGGUGCGUAACCCCGUCUUCGACCUCAUCCUGCUUGGCAUGGGUCCCGACGGACACACGUGCUCGCUCUUCCCCGGCCACGAGCUGCUCAACGAGCAGGACCGCUGGGUGGCCCCGAUUGAGGACAGCCCCAAACCGCCCGCCAAGCGCAUCACCUUCACCUACCCCGUGCUCAACCAUGCACACCGCCUCGCCUUCGUGCUCGCCGGCGAAGGCAAGCAGGAGAUGCUCUCCAAGGUGCUCGACCAACCCCAACUCGGCCUCCCCGCAAGCAGAGUGCGUCCAUCCCCACCGGGCGACAUCUACUUUUUCACCGACAACGCCGCUGCACACACCACCGCCUACGAGCGCUCCGACUUUAAGCUCUGA